AUGGCUGCGGGACUGAAGCGGCAACGGAUGGAGAGAAGAGACUGGCUUUGGCGAGUGGGUGGCAGGGUGGGUGGCCGGUGGAUGGCUGUGGGACUGGCGACUGGGCCAGCUGUUUUUGAUAUAACAAAAUUUGGUGCAGCACCUGAUGGAAAAGCAGAUGCAAGUAAGGCUAUAGCGGAUGCUUGGAAAGAGGCAUGUGCAGCAGCAGGAUCUAGCAAAAUAUUGAUUCCAGCAGGGACAUUCUUGGCAGGUAUAGUGAAUGUUACAGGUCCUUGCAAAGGGGCAAUAGAGGUAGAAGUUCAGGGAACUGUGCAAGCCCCACCAGAGCUUGCAGGGGGGGAUGGUUGGUUUAAUUUUAACCAUAUUGAUCAAUUCACACUAUCUGGAAAAGGAACUUUAGAUGGUCAAGGACAAGUUGCAUGGAAGGGAGUAUCUUGUGACAAAGAUCCAAAAAAUUGCAAGAAACAUCCUAUGAAUAUAAGGUUUAACUUCAUUACCAAAGGCUUAGUUCGUGACAUAACAUCUCUUAAUAGCAAGUACUUUCACGUCAAUGUAUUGGGAUGUGACGAUUUCACAUUUGAAGGCUUCAAAGUCAGUACACCUGAAGGUAGCCUUAAUACGGAUGGAAUUCAUAUUGGGCGAUCAAAGGGAGUGACUAUAUCUAAUGCCAAAAUAGGCACGGGUGAUGAUUGUAUCUCUAUUGGUGAUGGAACCGAAAAUCUAAAAAUCACAAAAGUGGCAUGUGGACCUGGUCAUGGCAUCAGCAUAGGGAGCUUGGGGAAGUAUGAGAAUGAAGAUCCUGUUUCCGGAAUUACUGUUUCCGAUUGCACCCUCACCGGUACAACUAAUGGUGUUAGAAUUAAAACUUGGCCUGCAAUGUUUCCUAAUACUGCAACUAAUAUUCAUUUCCAAGAUAUUACUAUGGAAAAUGUCUCCAAUCCUAUUAUUGUAGAUCAAAUGUAUUGUCCAUGGAACAAAUGCAAUAAAAAGGAACCAUCUAAAGUGAAGAUUAGUGAUGUUAGCUUCAAAAAUAUAAAGGGAACUUCUGCAACUGCUCUUACCGUUCAACUUAUAUGCAGCAGUGGAGUCCCAUGUGAAAAAGUGGAACUUGCGAACAUUGACUUGACAUAUAGUGGUCCUGAAGGCCCAGCAAAAUCUGAAUGCAUUGAUGUUAAGCCAACAAUUGUAGGGAAGAUUCCAGAGGGAUUGGCUAAGCAGGGUUGGAGGCUUUUGAAGUAUCCUAAUACCUUGGCUUCUAAAGUGUUAAAGGCGAAGUAUUUUCCCCAUUCUGAUUUCUUUCAAGCUCCUGUGGGUAAUGGUCCGAGUCAGAUUUGGAGAAGUAUUUGUGCUUCUCGCUCUAUUUUAACUUAUGGCUGCAGGCGACGGAUUGGGGAUGGGCGUUCCACUCACAUUUGGAUUGAUCCUUGGACUUUAAAAGCAAGUGAUCCUUAUAUUCGGACUAAGGUUGCUGAGAACAUGCCUUUUGUAAUGGUUUUCGAUUUGAUUUUGAAUAGGACGUGGAAUGCUGAGUUAAUUCGGACUCAUUUUCAGCAGCAUGAUUCUGACAACAUUUUGCGUAUUCCUUUAUCUCUUAGGGAAUGCGAUGAUGAUUGGUGCUGGGCUUUAAAUCGAAAGGGUGAGUAUGUUGUGAAGGAAAGCUAUCGUGUGGCAAUGGAGGAUAAUCUUGCUGAUGUAUCUGACCAUAGUUUUCCAUGGCAUCUCAUCUGGAAAGUUGUUGUUUCCAGCAAAGGUAAAGCUUCUCAUUUGGUGUAUUUUACGAAAUGCUUUGCCUUGUAA